AUGAAGGGAAACUGUUCGUACGAGAGAAAUCAUCCUUACAGUUCUAAUGUGAACGCACUCGCAUUAAAAAAAAAAAAGAUAAAUAAUAAUAUUAACAAAGACAAGAAUUAUCAGUACAAUAAUUAUGACAGAGGUACAGUCAAAAAUGGGAUUUAUGUAAACGGUUCGAGUGAAAAAAAGUAUGCUGGGAAUGAAGAAGUGCAAGAAGGAGCAGAAAAAGGAGGAGAAGAAAAAGGAGGAGAAGAAAAAGGAAGAGCAGAAAAAGGAGGAGAAGAAAAAGGAAGAGCAGAAAAAGGAGGAGAAGAAAAAGGAAGAGCAGAAAAAGGAGGAGAAGAAAAAGGAAGAGCAGAAAAAGGAAGAGAUAAGAACUACAAGUUUAACAGGAAAAAAUUUAGUAGUACUUCGUACGGUGAUUACGGAGAAUACAAUUAUUACACCAAGGAAAAUUACAACAUUGAAAAAUAUGCAAAGCCGAACUAUUAUAGCAAUUCUUAUGUUGAUUAUUCGAACGGAAAAGGGGUGGGUAGCAUUAGUAAUAAUUAUGGAAAUUAUGGAAAUUACAAUUACGGAAAUUACAAUUACGGUAGGUACAAUUACGGUAAUUACAGUAGUUACAAUUACGGAAAUUACAGUCAUAGUAACAAUAACAAUAAUAGUAACAGUAUGGGAGGUGGUAGUAACAAUAAUGGUGCUGAAAAGGCUAACAAGGUCAGCUAUGAAUAUAUAGCUAGUACAGACCACAACAAAGGGGAUGAUAAAAAGAAACAAAAAAAACAAAAAGCGCAUUACAGCAAUAAUUUAAUUAAUGAUAUAUAUUAUAAAACAUCUCAUUAUUUAAAAAAAAAUAGAAAGUACAUACAAGGAAUACUUAAAAAAAAUUAUGUCAUAAAAAUUUAUAUAGUUAGACAUAUGGAAGCUUUACAUAAUAGAGAAGUUAUAGAGAAUGGAAAUAUGUCUAGGGAUAUAAUUUAUAAGAAUUCUAAAUUUUUAGAUUGUAAAUGUAGUGAGGAAGGAAUAAAAAUGUGUGAAGAGUUAAGAAGUGACAAGAAUAAUAAAUUAUAUCAAGAUGUUAUUAAGUUAUAUAAUAAUUCCACGAAAAGAAAUAAUAGUGGGAAUAAAUCUUAUAAUCAGAAAGAUAAUAAAAAAGGAAUUUUUGAAAAAAAUAAUAAUUUUGUUAUUAUAUCUUCACCUCUUAAAAGAUGUUUAGAAACGAUGAAAUAUUUUUUUAAUUUUAAAAAAAAUAUUAUUAUAUAUGAAUCAGUACGUGAAAUGGCAGGAAAUUAUUACAGUGAUGAGAGAUCAAAAACAUCAGAAAUAAAAAAGUUUUGUGAUAAAAAUUUUGACGACUAUGAAUUAGUUUGCUUUGGAGAAAAUGAUAUUAUCGGGGCAGAUAAAUUUAGAGAAUCCUCUGAUCAAAUAUUCUGUCGUUGUUUACAGUUUCUGAAGCUUGCUCAUGCCUUGUCUCUGAACUAUUUUGCGUCUAUCGAAAGGGGCAUGCAAUCAAAACUUAGCACCAAAGAGGGACGCAGUGGGAGUGCCGUUAGUCAUGUUAGCCGUGUUAGCGGCAAUGGUGGUGGAAGUACGAUCGACCCCCAGAAUAAAGAGGGUAUCCAACGGAACGGGCAAGUAACUGCAGAAGGGGCAUCGGUAAAGGAACAUGAUCUACCUCGCACCGAUUCAGAUGAACACAAAAAGGAGCUGAACAUAAACGUCGAAAAUGAUUCAAGUAAAAAGAACAACGAUAGAGAGGUAGAUGUAUGCAGCGAUAAAAGAAGCAAACAUGAAAUGAUAAAGAAUGAAAAAGAAAACAAGCAAAAAAAAGUUUACAACAUCGUGUUGGUUUCCCAUAGCUCUUUCAUUCUUCAUUUUUUAGCCCUGUUAGAUUAUUUAAAUUUAGAAGAGAGAAAUUUUAAUAAUUGUGAUAUAAGAAAAAUUACAAUACCCUUGACAAGUAUAUUUUUAUUUUUUAACAAUGUAAUUAAUUUACAGCUAGUUAAACCGGUAUGUAUAAAUACCAUGCCCUUAAGUUUUAAAAACAAGAACAAAAUUUUAAAAAAAACUUAUAAAGAUAAAUAUAUUUACACUUUAAACAGCUACAACGAUAUGGAUGAGCUCACGUGCUUACAUGCCUGUACAGUCCUUAUAUAUCAGUAUGACAUGUUAAUAAAAAAUGAAAACAGUAGAAAGUAUUUGGAUAAAAUUAUGAAUUUUAUCGACUGUAAUAAUAGUCAUUUCCAACAGCAGCAACAACAACAACAACAGCAACAACAACAACAACAACAACAAAAACUGCUACAUAACUGUAAUAACAGUACCGAUGUUAGUUUUUCGAACGGUAUUUAUAAAAACUAUGUACAAAGGGAUAAACAGAACCUUGGAAGAAAUUUAGUUAUAGUAGAUGGAAGCAAAUACCUCACGUACUCAGAGGACAAAGGCGCUUGGGAGCUUAACAAGAAGGGGUUCUUUGUGGGGCAAAAUGUAGUCGUAAUAGUGCUCCCAGACGUCGAACCGAUCCCUACAAGAAAUGAUGAUACACCUAUUCCUGGUAAGAACCAGGGGAUGGAUAAAUGUGCAAGAGGUAGCUACAGUAAUGACAGAAAUGGUAAUGAGAAUGAAAAUAGAAAUGGAAGCAGCUGUAGCAGCAACAGCAGGAGUAGUAGUAGGAGCGGUAAAGCUAACAGUAGUAGUUCUAAGAAGGAAAAGACCCCCUUUUUGCAGAAUGUAAUUCAAAUUAUAGACAAUUACGACAGUGUAAACGAUUUGAUUAGAUCAAAAGACUUCUGGUUGACCUUAAAAGAUAACAUUCACAAAAUGAAUUUGUACUCUCUGCAAGAAUAUUUAACUAAAAAAUAUAAUCGAAUUGUAAACACUGAGAUGGAUGAUGAUAAUGUGUGCUAUAUCGAUUUAGUUGCGUGCAUUAGAAAUACACAUUUCAUGGAAAAACAUGAAAAUAAGUGCGAUAAAUAUUUCAAAAAAUUAAAAGAAAGAUAUGAUAACAAUGACUCUUAUCUUGAUUUAGAGAAAGAGUGUAAACAUAUUAAUGAAAACUUGUUAAAUAUAAUAUUCCCGUCUGACUAUGCUAUGAACAAUUGUAAUGAUAAGGGGGAGCGAAAAGAUACAAAUGAGAGAAAAAGUGAAAUGAACUACCAAAAUGGGGAAAAUCUACAAAAUGAACAGCAUCAGAUUAAGAGGAAAUUUAUAUAUAUACCAACAGAAGAGACACACAUGAAGCUGAAGGUGAAGAAGGAUGUACUUAGUACAAAUGCCCAAACUAUGAGUGAUAUGAAUAAGAACUUUUUGCAAGAGAAUAUUAAAGUGUUAAAAACCCUUCCACUAUUUGUUCAAAACUUAAACGUCGAAAUGUUUUAUCGUGAUAAUUACUUUUUCUUUCAUUGUUUACAUAAAUUCAUUAAAAGCAAAAAUAAAAUAGAAGGCCUUGUAAUAUUAAAGUUACUUACAUUUCUUGAUCUUUUAAAAUCAUUUAACAUUAAUACAUCAAAUAAAAUUGUACAGAAACUUAACAAGUUGGAGCAUCUAAUUGAUAAUAACACAAGCACGGAGGGAAGCAAAAUAAUUAAUACAUACUCAUGUGAUAAGAGAGGCGUCCUUGCAAAUAACACAUUGUACUAUGCAGAGGCGGCCAGAAAUUAUAAACCUAUCCAAGCGAUGAAAGGUCGAAAAAAGGGAAUAGUGAAUGAUCUUAACUACCUAAGGUACAACCUGUUGACAGUAGCUGGAGGGGCUGAAAAUGUGUACAUUUUAAAUGUUCUCAAAUGA